AUGGCGAUCCUGUCGGACGCCGCCACACAGGUGCUCGUCCCGCUCGCCGCGGUCGUCGGCAUCGCCUUCGCCGUCGCGCAGUGGGUGCUCGUCUCGCGCGUCAAGCUCUCGCCGUCCGCGAGCGCCGGCGCCAGGGACAAGGACGUGCUCGGCGACUCGCUCAUCGAGGAGGAGGAGGGACUCAACGACCACAACGUCGUCGUCAGGUGCGCCGAGAUCCAGAACGCCAUCGCCGAAGGAGCGACAUCGUUCCUCUUCACCGAGUACCAAUACGUCGGCAUCUUCAUGUCCAUCUUCGCCGUCGUCAUCUUCGUCUUCCUAGGCUCCGUCGAGGGGUUCAGCACGAGGAGCCACCCCUGCACGUACAGCAAGGACAAGGAGUGCAAGCCCGCUCUCUUCAACGCCCUCUUCAGCACCGUCUCCUUCCUGCUCGGGGCCAUCACCUCCGUGGUGUCUGGCUUCCUCGGGAUGAAGAUCGCCACGUACGCCAACGCCCGGACCACUCUGGAGGCCAGGAAAGGCGUCGGCAAGGCCUUCAUCACCGCGUUCCGCUCGGGCGCGGUGAUGGGGUUCUUGCUGGCGUCGAAUGGCCUCCUGGUGCUUUACAUCGCCAUCAACCUGUUUAAGCUGUAUUACGGCGACGAUUGGGAGGGUCUGUUCGAGUCCAUCACCGGGUAUGGCCUUGGUGGAUCUUCAAUGGCGCUGUUUGGAAGGGUGGGAGGCGGGAUCUACACGAAGGCGGCCGACGUGGGCGCUGAUCUUGUUGGCAAAGUUGAGAGGAACAUUCCUGAAGAUGACCCCAGGAACCCCGCUGUGAUUGCUGACAACGUCGGAGAUAACGUUGGUGACAUCGCUGGAAUGGGGUCGGAUCUCUUUGGGUCAUAUGCUGAAUCUUCCUGCGCCGCCCUUGUCGUGGCAUCCAUUUCCUCAUUCGGGGUCAACCAUGAUUUCACUGGGAUGUGCUACCCGCUGCUAGUCAGCUCCGUCGGCAUCAUUGUCUGCUUGAUCACCACGCUCUUUGCAACCGACAUCUUUGAGGUAAAGGCUGUAAAAGAGAUUGAGCCUGCACUGAAGAAGCAGCUCAUCAUUUCGACAGCCCUGAUGACUGUCGGCAUCGCGCUGAUCAGUUGGUUGGCACUCCCAGCUAAAUUCACAAUCUUCAAUUUUGGCGAACAGAAAGAAGUUAGCAACUGGGGAUUGUUCUUAUGUGUUGCCAUUGGUCUCUGGGCUGGCUUGAUCAUUGGAUACGUAACAGAAUACUAUACUAGCAAUGCAUACAGCCCUGUGCAGGAUGUCGCCGAUGCCUGCAGAACUGGUGCCGCCACCAAUGUCAUAUUCGGCCUUGCUCUGGGAUACAAGUCCGUCAUAAUCCCCAUCUUCGCUAUUGCUGUUGGCAUCUACGUCAGUUUCACCAUUGCCGCGAUGUAUGGAAUUGCCGUGGCUGCUCUCGGCAUGUUGAGCACAAUUGCGACUGGUCUUUCCAUUGAUGCUUACGGUCCUAUCAGUGACAAUGCCGGUGGCAUUGCUGAGAUGGCCGGGAUGAGCCACAGGAUUCGUGAGAGGACUGACGCACUCGAUGCUGCUGGGAACACGACAGCUGCCAUCGGAAAGGGAUUCGCCAUUGGAUCAGCUGCUCUGGUGUCGCUGGCCCUGUUCGGCGCGUUCGUGAGCAGGGCCGGGGUGAAGGUGGUAGACGUGCUGUCCCCGAAGGUGAUCAUCGGCCUGGUGGUGGGCGCCAUGCUCCCCUACUGGUUCUCGGCCAUGACGAUGAAGAGCGUGGGCAAGGCGGCCCUGGAGAUGGUGGAGGAGGUCCGGCGGCAGUUCAACACCAUCCCGGGGCUGAUGGAGGGCACGGGCAAGCCGGACUACGCCAACUGCGUCAAGAUCUCCACCGACGCCUCCAUCAAGCAGAUGAUCCCGCCGGGGGCGCUGGUGAUGCUGACACCCCUGGUGGUGGGCACCUUCUUCGGCGUGCAGACGCUCUCGGGCGUCCUCGCCGGCGCCCUGGUCUCCGGCGUGCAGGUGGCCAUCUCCGCCUCCAACACCGGCGGCGCCUGGGACAACGCGAAGAAGUACAUCGAGGCGGGGGCGAGCGAGCACGCGCGGGCGCUGGGCCCCAAGGGCUCCGACUGCCACAAGGCGGCGGUGAUCGGGGACACCAUCGGGGACCCGCUCAAGGACACGUCCGGCCCGUCGCUCAACAUCCUCAUCAAGCUCAUGGCCGUCGAGUCCCUCGUCUUCGCGCCAUUCUUCGCCACCCACGGCGGCAUCCUCUUCAAGCUCUUCUAGAUGGUCCCUGAGGAAGCAGCAGAGCUCAGCUCCCGCGGAUGAUUUGGGAUUACUCUGAUUCUGAUCCGGCGAAGGUCAAUAAAGCCAACCCCUGCAGAGGACGGUGCUAGUUGUUCUCCUUGUAGAUAAUUUGUAGAUUAAGUUUACCGUGCGUGUCACCUUUCUACCUGAGGGUGUUCAUAGGUAUGUAACAUGUGUGUGCAUAUUUUGCUUGGCGAAUAUAAUAUGAGCACUGAUCAUUGAUCAGUGAUGGUUAA